AUGGACACGGUCGAAGUGGAUAUAAAUCAUAAUGUUGAUGAUUUGCCGUUUAAUGAUGAAAUUGACCCUGAACAGCCACAAAACGAUAAUAGAGACCAAGAAAAAUUAGAUGAUAAUGGCUUUAAAGAAGAUUUUGGGGAGGAUGGUGGUGAUGAACGAGGGCCUAUGAGAGUUAAAAGAAGAAACUAUAGAAACCAGAGACCAUAUGGGCCGAGGAACAGAGACUUCGGCAAAUUCCAGAAUUACAGAGAGACACGGGGUCGAGGACCGUACGCAAGGACGAACAACUAUCAGAACAAGCCGAACUUUAAAAUUAAAUCGGAUGCCGACGAGCUUAAGGCAAUUAAGGCUAAAUUGGUGACGCUGCUGGACUCGUUCGCGACGGCCAAGGAGGACAUCCAGUUGGUGUACGAUGAACUUAAAGUCUUGCCAACGAGGUUCAACAAGCUGAUAUCGAUAAUGCUGGUGGAAUGCGUGGAGACGUUCCCAGUUAAGACAGGAGCAUACGCGAGUCUGAUAGGACUUUUGAAGGUGGGAGGAAGGGCGCCGCUCGUGGAGAGCGUUAACCAGCAGGUUCUGUACAACCUGGGGAUGAAGCUCUCGGAGGGGAACAGGACCGCGUCGGUGCUGUUGCUGCGCUUUUUGGUAGGAUUGCACUGCGCAAACGUGAGGUCGAUAUCGGUGUUUGAAGUGCUAUCGUCACUGCUGAAGCUGGCCUCAGAGAUUGAAAACUUCGCGUACGACAACAACAAGGACUACGCGAAGUCGGUGGUCACGCUGGAUAACCUGAACUAUAUAGUGCUCUCGAGCAUACCCUGGUUCAGCAGGGAGGCAUUCAUGUCGAACGUGGACGUUAUCACGUCGAUGUGCGAAAGGCUAUUUGAGUACUCGGAAAGAAGGUCGAGGCUGCUGGAGUCCCUGGAGGCAGAUUUGAGCUACAACCCGGAAGUCGACUUUUCGGACACCAAGAGGAGGUUCAACCCGUACUCGUACAAGUAUUUCUACAAGGACACGGUGACAGGAACGCUGGAAGACAGGUUCACCUCAGGAGUGCAGGCGCUGAGGUCGCUGCUCAAGAAUGACUGGACAAGUUCGACGACGUACAGGUUCUACCAAAGCAAGGGCAUCGUUGAAAAGCUGAAUGAGCCUGUGGAAUACGAGGAGAAUAAGGUCACUGCAGACAAUUUGAAUUCGGUGCUUCAGCUAGACCUGAAGAACUUUAAAAAUUUUAAGCCAGUAAACCCGAAGAGUUUUAAUUUCAACUACACACUGGAUAAGUCGCAGUUGACAACGGUUCACGACAAGUGGCUGUUUGAGGAGCAUGUGUACUACGUGUUUGACGCCUUCGGAGACGACUCGCUGAGGUGCGCGCAGCAGCUGCUGGCAAUACCGCUGAACGAGGAGUUCAAGGAGUACGGAAUCGUGGACGUGCUGCUUAACCUGGCCCUCUCGAACUUCUACAACAACUACUACUCAGUCUUCGGGAUCCUGGUGAUGCACAACCUGUGCACGCUGGAGCGGAAGACGGAGGACAUCUUCUACUCGUUCGUGUCGCAGCUGCUGGUGGAGACGGACAGGCUGGACUGCAACGUGCUAAACACGCUGAUAAGCAUCUGCAGCUUCUGGUUCAACAUGGAGUUCUGCAAAAUCAGGAGGUCGGCGAGCGACAUGACAAUCGAGGGCGAAAACAGCGACGAGCUGCAGAAGGAGCUGACUAGGGAGAAGAACAGCAGACUCUUCAAAACGCUCUUCAAGCCGAGCAACUGCGCAAACAACUAUAACCUGAGGCUGAUAGAGAAGAUAUCGAGGCUGGUGUACAUGGACAGACUGCUGACGUACUCGCCGAGAGAGCUCGAGGCGGAGAUCAAGGCGCUCAACCUGCUGAGGGACUUCAAGAAUAAGCCGCACGAACACCAGCUAUUCCUGAACAUGCUGCACUUCAACAAGCUCGCGCCGGAGGAGAACGACCUGAGGAACAGGAGAAUUAUCACCUUCAUAAACAACUACACGAACAAGAGGCACCUGAGGGAGGCGCCGAAGCACCUCUUCUCGCAGACCAAGGAGACGAGGGACUACGACGAGGUGGUGCACGCAGACGAGGACCUGGAGGCGAGCGCGCAGAACCAGGGCGACGAGCAGCACAGUUUCGACCUGGAGCACCCCAGCGACAAGGCGGCCAUGUCGGAAGGAGCGGCCGGGGACGCGGGCUCCGACGGCCCUGUGUGGGAGAGGGACGAGCUGGUGAUGCUCUUCUGGGACACGCUGCUGAUAUUCGGAAGCAAGUCGAUGACGCACCUCUACAGGCUCUUCGAGUUCCACGCGGACGUCGUGAAGAUGCUCGACACGGGCGACGCGCCCUUCGAGCAGAGCCUGCCGUACAAGGUCAUGUGGCAGACGCUGAGGACUUUCGAGCGCGACCAGAAGAAGAUGGAGCUCUCGUUCGACUUCUACGUCAAGAGGAACGUGGUCAACUCGCUGCUGGUGCUUCAGUUUCUGAUGACGCUCCCGCCGGAGCACCUCUUGACCAACUUCUUCUUCUACGCACUCAACUCGCUCUUCUCGGAGAUCCACGCGAGGCUGCUGGCCUUCAGGGAGGCCUACAAGGUCGCCUCGAGGGACCUGGCGGGCACGAUUGCGAUGGAGGCGAAGAAGGAGGAGUUGGACUCCGCGGAGUCGGACUACUUCAGCCUGCUCUCGCUCUUCGUGACCCUCGUGAGCGAGCGGCUCCCGGGCUCCGACGCGAACCUUGCGAAGGUGCUCGAGGAGCUUCUGCUGAAGGUGCUCGUCAGGUACGCCAUGGCCGACAACUUCGUGCUGCGGCUGUACCAGGCGCACCAGAGCGUGCACGAGAGGGUAAAGGUGACCCUGUACAGGCUGUCGAUGCCAUCGUAUCUUUCAAACUAA